AUGGGUUUGAAACCUAAUGAAGUUACGGUUAUUCCUGUGAUUUCAACUUGUGCUGGUGUUAGAGAACUUGAUGUUGGCAAGUACAUCCAUGGGAUUGCAGUGAAAUUGGGUAUGCUUUUGGAGGUUAAAGUUGUUAAUGCUCUUAUUAACUUGUAUGGGAAGUGUGGAUAUUUAGAGGCAGCUUGUUGCUUGUUUGAAGGAAUGCCGGUGCAAAGUUUAGUGUCAUGGAAUUCAAUAAUUGCAGUUCAUGUGCAAAUGGGAUUGGUUGAGAAAGGGGUGGGGUAUUUUAUUAUGAUGAGAAGAGCUGGAGUUAACUGUGAUCAAGCAACUUUAGUGAGCUUGCUUCUAGCGUGUGAAAAUUUAGGUUUUAGGAAGCUGGCAGAGGCAGUUCAUUGUUAUAUCUUGAACUGUGGUCUGGAUAAGAAUUUAACUAUUGCAACUGCAUUGUUGGAUUUGUAUGCUAAAUUGGGUAUUUUAAGCGAUUCAUGCAAGGUCUUCAGUGAGAUGAUUAAUCCGGAUGCAGUGGCUUGGACUGCCAUGCUAGCGAGCUAUGCUAUGCAUGGGCGUGGGCGAGAAGCGAUGGAGCAUUUUGAGCUACUGAUUAGAGAAGGUGUGGUGCCUGAUCAUGUUACUUUCACUCACUUGCUGAGUGCUUGUAGCCAUUCAGGACUUGUGGAGGAGGGGGAAAGUUAUUUUAAGAUUAUGUAUGAAGUUUAUGGAGUUGAGCCAAGAGUGGAACAUUAUUCAUGCGUGGUUGAUCUUUUAGGUCGCUCGGGACUCCUAAAUGAUGCUUAUAAGCUCAUCAAAAGAAUGCCAGUGGAGCCAAAUUCUGGUGUGUGGGGAGCUCUUAUUGGUGCUUGUAGGGUUCGUGGUAACAUUGAACUUGGGAAGGAAGUUGCCGAGCAAUUGUUUGCUUUAGACCCAUCAGACUCUAGAAACUAUAUCAUGUUGUCAAAUAUUUAUUCUGCAGCUGGUCAAUGGAGGGAUGCUUCGAAGGUGAGGGCUUUAAUGAAGCAAAGAAGCCUAAUCAGGAAUCCAGGAUGCAGUUAUAUUGAACAUGGGAACAAAAUACACCGCUUUGUAAUGGGUGAUCAAUCUCACCCUGACACAGAGCAAAUAUAUAACAAGUUGGAAGAACUUAUAAGAAAGAAUCGGGAAGCUGGAUUUACAUCAAAAACAGAAUAUGUUCUGCAUGAUGUUGAUAGGGAAGUGAAAGAAGAUUUGAUCAAUAAGCACAGUGAAAAGUUAGCCAUUGCCUUUGGACUUUUGGUGGUUAAUGCUGGUAUGCCAUUAAUUAUUACAAAGAAUCUUAGAAUUUGUGGUGAUUGUCAUGGCUUUGCAAAGCUCGUAUCGCUGAUUGAGAAGCGUCGAAUCAUAAUUAGAGAUACUAAGCGAUUUCACCAUUUUUCAAAUGGAUUAUGCUCUUGUGGAGAUUACUGGUAA